CAGUACGACCGCGGGGAUAUUGAAAUGCUGCUGAAUAUAAAAGAACAAGAAGAAGCCUACAAUAGAGCCAUUUCAAAGGUCGUCGAAGAGGUGAUUCGUUUCCGUGAAAUCGAUGCUCGGAUCGCAACCCUAUCGUCCUCCAUGUACGAUGCCACUCGUGCUUCUAACGAAGCGCAAGGAUACCCAUUCGCAGUCAGACAUUGGGGUUCCCAGUCCACUGAGGCAAUUGAUACCACUGCAGCAGAGACUGUAGAGAACAAUGAUGAGACACGAGGAAUAGUCGACGAAAUCAGAGUAUCACUCGCCAAUCCGGACCUCAAGGAAAGCACCAGGGAGUACUUCAUCGCCAUGACAGACAUGGUUCUUCACAUGAAUAUGCUUCUGUUUCCGACGCCUGCGAUUCCGGUCUAUCCCACAGAGCACCUGACCGAUUUGAUACUUGUCAGAGCAACUAAUAUUGCUUUGCAUCUGACCGAAUACCUUCUGGUAAUGAAAAAGCAACUCAAGGGACAUAUCGACAACGCCAAAAAGGUCGACCGUACCCUUUCUAGAGACAUGAGAGAUCGCAGCAUUCAAACUCAUGUGGCCUUUCGCCAUGUUCUUCAUGUCGUGAAAAAAUACUUGAAUCCUCCUGAUCCGUUGGAGAAAAGGCUGCUUUCGCUUUUCUUCGAGCUUUAUGAUACCUAUGUCUAUUCCGCCUUUCUUAACAUGCGGCCUUUACUUCAGACAGAAGUCGAGCUUGCCGAUGAAAAGAGGGAACUAUCUCGAGUUCUCGUUUCACUGUGGGACGUCAUAAACCAGGAUAUCGAAAAAUACGACGAGUAUGACAACAGAGCGAAGGCGAUAAAAUGCCGCUACAUCGACGCGCUCGGGGCAAAGCUGAAGAACGAGUCUCCAGAGGCGUGGCAGAAAUUUUGGGAAAGCCAGCGCAAGUCAACAUCCAGAGAGGGACUUCAGGAGCCAGCCCCAGGAGCCGGAAUUGAGCUCGGAGGUAGCGAGCCUUUUGUCAUUCCCGGAGGAUUUAUGAGCAAGGAGCCCACCUGCUGCAUAUGGUCAGGAAUGGUGAUUAAUUUUUGCUGGACAUAGGUUCUCUGUACUGUUGUACACAUCGCUUGUAAAUUGUGAAUUCAAGUGAAGAGAGACCGAAAGCUCCGCAAAUACGUCCCCCAGUGUUCAUGCUCAUUCACAGAACUGCAGACCAGACUUUCCGCAAGACAUGAACUGAACAAUCAGCGUGUAAUAUCCGCUUUCCCACAUGGUAUAAUAAUGCCUAUCACUUUGUCUUUCAGGAUUCAUCCUCCAAUUCAAGCUCUGUUACAUCAACCUCUAUCAUUAUCUCAGG